AUGCAGCUGGCAAAUCAGACCUUGGUGACAUACUUCAUUAUUAAAGGGAUUUCAGAUAUCCCAGAACUACAGGUUCCAAUCUUCCUAAUGGUUCUCCUGAUUUACCUCAUCACUCUUGGUGGUAACUUGGCAAUAUUUAUUCUCAUCUGCCUGGACCAUCACCUUCACACUCCUAUGUACUUCUUCCUGGCCAACUUAUCUGCCCUAGAUAUGUCUACAAUCACCCUUGCCUUACAUAAGAUUCUUAUUACUUUUAUGUCUGGUGAUAACACGGUAUCAUUUUUUAACUGUAUGACACAGGUUUUUAUAUUUUUAUCUUUGACAUGUGAUGAGUUACUCAUACUGACAGCAAUGAGUUAUGAUCGCUAUGUGGCCAUUUGUAAGCCUUUGAAUUAUCCAAUCGUGAUGAGCCAUCGGGCCUGUGCCCUUUUGGCCAUUUCCUGCUGGUCAACUGGAUUCAUAGAACUAAUUCCUAGCAUUUCUACAUUAUCUGGCUUUACUUGUUAUAGAACUAAUGAAAUUAAUCACUUCUUCUGUGACAUUGUCCCAGUGAUGAAGAUCUCUUGUAGUAACACUUCUCUUCUACAACUCUAUAUCCUAAUUGAAGGGGGUUUUCUUGGAAGUGUCACUCCUUUUAUUCUUACAUUCAUCUCCUACAUCUUUAUUAUUGUUUCUAUAGUACAAAUCCAAUCUAGUAUUGGAAGACAUAAGGCCUUCUACACAUGUUCUUCACACCUCACAGUUGUCAACCUUCUCUAUGGAACACUUAUCUUCCAGUACUUCAGACCUACUUCAGCAGAUUCCUUAAAGUCAAAUAAAUUUUUCGCCCUGUUCAACACAGUAGCUGUGCCAUUGCCGAAUCCACUGAUCUACAGCCUAAAAAAUAAAGAUGUGAAAUCAGCAUUGAAAAGGAUGUUGCCUACACAAUAA